AUGCCUAUAUGUAAUGAAAAUGGUCUUUAAGUAAUAAUAUGGGAAGAAUGUUUUGAAAAACUUGAUGAUAAUAUGAGUGAAAUUGAAAUGGAUAUCUAAUAUGAGUUUGAGCUUUUAACAGCUACACUGGAAUAAUAUGGCGCUUGCGAUUUCUAUGAUCAUAGGGAUGCUCUAAAACUUUAAUAUCAUGGAUAAGAUUUUUUAGAUUCUCCUAUGAUCAAGAUCCUUUAUAAGGUAUUUAUUAUAAUAGCUAUGAUAAUGAUGAUUGAUUGA